UGCCGACAGUAAGUGAUUCAUAUACCGUUGCCGUGCUAGUCGGAACUAGAAAAGUCGAAGAUUUGCUAAAUCCGAUUUGCUAAAUGGUAAACGCGGAUAUACAACCAGUUAAAUCGGAAAUGCACGAGUUAUCUAAUUCCAACUAGAACGUGGACGCAGCACAAGUUGCAUUUGGGGAGGCGAAAACGCGGACAACAGCUGUGCAUAAUGCUGUAACGUUCAAAUGUAAUCUAGCAGAUCUCACUGAAAAAUAGUUGGCAACACUAUGACGUGGAGCAAAACUGAAUUGAUAGGUUUGGUGCUCUUUUUCCACCGCUGACAUUACUGUAGUCGUUUUUAACUGUAUGAUAAAGGCAAUUUUUGUUGUUGACAUUUCACUUGACUCCUGACGAUAGAUCUUCAGUUAGCUAGCUAGCCAGCCAACGCGGUAACCCAUCAACUCUUAGGUACAUUUUACAACUGCACAUUAGCAAGACAUGUAAAUUACUUGAAAUGAUAACUAGCUAACAAGCAUCGUCAUUGAUAUGUGUCUUGCAUUUACGAACACUGACUGAAGGUUGUGUGUGACAUUUAGUCAGCUAACGUCAGCCAAGUGUUCGUUACAGUGGGUUUUCACCAUCAACGAAUUCGACAGAAGUUCGUACGGGCCAUUGAUUUUUAACAUGGGCACGCGGAGAAAAUGUCUGGGGGAUUGUUGGCGGGUGAGCGUCGAGAACCCUGCUAGCGGACUGUAGAAAACGUUUAGCUCUACUCUGCAAAUUUCAAGCGGAACAAAGCAUUGUCAAGAGGAGGCGCCGCCUCUGGUCAAAACCCUACGUUAGCUAGCUGAUGAACUAAACCCAUGGCUCCGAUGGGAAUCCGUCUAUCGCCACUUAGUGGCCGUGUUUUGCUUAUUGGGACUCAGCGUGAUCUACCACCUCUAUGCUGGAGUGAUAUCCAGCCGGAUAGCUGCUUUCACUUCCAAGAAAGCCGUGGACCUCCGGGACCUGCUCGCGCUUUCAGUAGAGGCUGCGGUUCAGGGCGGGCGAGAGGAGAAGAGAAGACCAAGGAAGGGGCAAGCGAAAAGCUCACUCUGGGGGACUUGAUACUACCUUAUCAAGAACACCUAACAGUUAUCCAUAUGUACAGGUGAACUCUGAAGAGCAUGAUGAGACAGCUAAUGAGCUUGGUGUGUGGAACAGAGACAUCCCUGCUGACAUCCUGCAGAUCGUGGAGGGCGGCAGGGAGGUGCCUGUUGACAGCAUCACAGUCUGGAUAGACCCCCUGGACGCCACUCAGAGAGAACCUGCUCAAGUAUGUCACGACCAUGGUGUGUGUGGCUGUCGAUGGGAAACCUGUAAUAGGUGUGAUCCACAAACCUUUCACAGGAUACACAGCCUGGGCCUUAGUUGGUGACGGGUCUAACUUGAAGCCUCGCACCAGCUUCAACAUGAACUCCCCCAAGGUCAUUGUGUCCAGGUCGCACGCUGGGAAGGUGAAGGGUUUCAUCGAGGAGGCCUUCGGGAACACAACAGUCAUCCUCCCAGCAGGGGGCGCAGGCUAUAAGGUGCUUGCUCUGCUGGACCCCAGUGAUAAGGACAUUGAGAAGCUAGACAUGUACAUCCAUGUGACCUUCAUCAAGAAGUGGGACAUCUGUGCCGGCAAUGCCCUGCUCACAGCCCUGGGAGGUCACAUGACCACACUGAAGGGCGAGGAGAUAGACUAUUCGGGAGUGGCGGGCAACAAUGGUGGUCUGCUAGCCAGCGUCAAGGUGGACCACCAAGCCCUGGUGGCGAAACUGCCGGCAUGGGACUCUGCUGAAAAACACUGAAAAACACACACAGAUAUUUACACUCACUACAUUAUGUUCAUACACAGAUGAUCAAGGACAAACACACAAGAUGACCACAAGCCUUGAAGACCAAACAAACACAGAUGAGAGGACCGCACAAUCUGGGACAAGACAAUAUUACAAAGCCCACCAGUUUCUCCUUCAAACUCCUUUCAACAUUUAAAAAUAAAUAGUAUUUGUAAAAAGAUAAGUCAGUCCUUGCAUUUUCUAUCAUAGAAAGUGCUAAUAAGUUGGACAAGGAAAAGCCAUGUGCCCAGCUUCACUUUGUUGCUAAGAUAUGGGUGCCUUUGAUUGGCAUGGAAACUUAGUCGAUGCCUGGUGUGGAAAGGAACAAAUGUGUUGGAACACUCUGUAGUUGUCGUUCUUCUUGACACCUGUGGGAUAUGAUUGCUGGUGAAGGUACAGGGAUGAAUCAGGAGGGUUUUCUUCAUAUAAGUAAUUUUCAUUGUAGCACAAUAACCUUGAUCCUGUGAGGUUUCUUAUUUUAGUUGCUCAUUCCUACAGAACAUUUACAUUAUGCUAGACAGGGUAACUAUGAGGGGAUCAUUUGUUUAACGAUAGCUUAACACAUGAUGCAGGGGUGGGAUUUGGGCUGCUACAAUGUGAAUUGAAUUUGAGGGAUGUUUUUAAAAGCAUGGUUAUUCCUAAAUAUACACAUUCGUUUUAGUGUACUACUGUGUGUGUAUGUAUGUGAAAGUGCAAUUUCCACUUAUUUUUUAUGAAUAGCAUCUGUGUGAAUUCACUAGGUACUGCAGCUUUCCUGACUCCACCUCUGUGGCAAGGCUAUACAGUGUUACAUCCACAUGUAGCUAGUUUAGUUGCUACAUUUGCAAAUAAGAAACCAUUCUGUUGCAGGUAUGAAAACAAAAUACUUUGAACAUUAUUAUAUAGAUUUAUUUUUUAUACUGCAUUGUUGGUUAAAGCUUGUAAGUAAGCAUUUCACUGUAAGGUCUACACCUGUUGUAUUUGGCGCAUGUGACAAAUAACAUUUUACCAGAAGUUGGAGACAUUUGCAUGGCCAUUCUGUUUAUCAAACAAAAUUGUUUUUAGCUGAGUUCUCCGAGUGGAUUGGAGUCCAUCUAUUUUACGACCCUAUUGUUUUUCAAGGUUGAACUCUAUUUAAAUAGCAGAUUUACCAAAGCCCUGUAUAGGCACACAAUCACAUGUGCCAUGGUAAAACUAAACUCAUGAAUGACCCUAACAACAGCUAUUCACUUACAAAUUCUGUAUUCUCUCAUUUCAAUUUACACACCAAACUCCAACCCACGCAUGCCCUCUGAAUCCUGGCUCACUUUUAAUUGCUUUCAUUCUCUGCAUCCAAAAUAGCCCUCGAAUGGAACACGUGAAUUAGAAACUGCUGUGAUGACAGGUUGUCUUCUUAAAAUGUGCCCAAAAGUAUGAAUAGAGUGGAUUUGCAUGCAAUGGAUUGACUGUGAAUGUCAGAAGCACUCUGUUUUUCUUCCUGCCAUGUCUGUAAAUUGAGCAAGAUUGUCUUUUUAUAUAAAUUCCUUGAAUUAAAUUGCGUGGUUUUUCAUACUUUUUUGGGCUGAAAGAGUGGUUUACCUACUGUGAUUUUGGUCACACAGUGAUGCUAAGUUUUUUCGGGGAUAAAAAGUGCAAUUUUCAUUCAAAUUUAAUCCAAAAAAAAUUCCUGUAGAGGUAAAAGGCUUCUUUCUAUUUGAUUCCUGUACAGGUAAAAGGCUUUCUAGCUUGGUCGGUCUCUGUCUCUCUCUCUCUCUGUCCAGCUCUAUCUGUCUCUGUCUCUCU